UUAUAUAUUUGAGUAUCCGUGCAACAACAUUUACAAGUAAUAACAUAAGUAAUAAUGUUUUCACAAUUGUCAACUUCGGUAUAAAACGAGGAAAUCCCGCCUGAGUCGGCAUCAAUUUUGCGAAGCAGCCUCGAAGAUGAAGAUCCCAUCCAUACUCGCGGUUUCCCUGCUGAUCUGGGGUUUGGCAAGCGGCGCAAGCGAAGAGGUGGAGGCACGGGAGAAGACCAAGGCCUCGACGGCGGUGAAAAGCGAGAAAGUGGAAGUCGUGGUUCCCGCUAAGGAUGAACUUAAAUUAACGAGCGAGCCCAUCAUUGGAAGAAGAGUGGGAACCGGAGCAUCCGAGGUGGCAUCUAGCACCGGUGAAGCAAUCGCGAUAAGUCUUGGGGUAGGGCAGGCAGCAGCAGAAUCUCAGGCCGUGGCCGCCUUGCAAUCCAAAACGGCAGCGAACGCCGCCAUAAGCGCGAGCGAGCUUGCCAACAAGGUUGCUGCUCUAGUUGUCGGCGCGACUGCAGCGCAGGCGAGAGCGGCCACCGCCUCCUCGGGCGCGCUGAAGGCCAGCCUGGCGACCGAAGAAUCGGCGGAAGAGGCCGAGGCGGCCGUGGCUGCCGCCAAGGCUGCCGCGGAAAAGGCCGAAUCCCUGGCGAGAAACCUCGCAUCGGCGAGCGCUCGCGCGGCCCUCUCGUCGGAAAAAGCGAACGAAUUGGCGCAAGCUGAGAGCGCGGCAGCGGCCGAAGCGCAGGCCAAGACGGCCGCCGCCGCCAAGGCAGCGGAAAUCGCUCUUAAGGUCUCUGAGAUAGCGGUGAAAGCGGAAGCAGACGCAGCAGCUGCCGCCGUGGCAGCUGCAAAGGCAAGAGCUGUAGCAGACGCAGCCGCUGCCCGUGCCGCAGCCGUGAACGCCAUCGCCAAGGCGGAAGAGGAGGCCUCGGCGCAAGCGGAGAACACCGCCGGUGUUUCGCAAGCUGCCGCCUCCGCCGCGGCGGAAUCGCGAGCCGCUGCAGCGGCCGCAGCCGCGACCUCGGAGGCAGCGGCCGAAGCUGGCUCGUUAGCGGGAGAGCUGAAACCACCGCAAUGGAAACGGGUUCCUGUGAAGAAGGAAGAGUGGCAAACGUCGACGAAAGAAGAAUGGAAAGCGUCGAACGAAGAAUGGGAGCCGGUGGCGAAAUAAAAGAGCGCGAAGUAACGAGGCCGACGGAAACAAUUUCUCGAAAGAAAUCUUUAAACAUCUUUAAAACGGAGCAUAUUGUUGAGUAGAGAGGAUAAUACGUGCAUACGAGAGAUGAUUAAAGAUACGUUUACUAAAUGCGAAUCGAAAUUGUACGGAUGACAUUAUUAAACUGUUGUAGCAAAUCA